UGUCACUUUGACAAUGACGUUUUAUUAUUUACAUUUUUAGUUUUUAAUUUUCAAUUUAGCCUUUACUUUUCCUAUGGUACUGAUUACUAAUUUCAAUGGAAUUAAAAUACAUAAAUUGUAAUAAUAAGUUUGCCAAAUAAUGUUAAGACGUCUUAUUGCAACAUUAUUUUUCAAAGGUCAACGAAAUUACUUUAUAAUGAAUUCAGAAAACGCAAAACCUUUUACCGUAUUCGUCGAAGGAAACAUUGGAAGCGGUAAGACAACAUUUUUGGAACACUUUCGACAAUUUGAGGACAUUACCCUGCUUACAGAACCUGUAGAGCAGUGGCGUAAUCUACGAGGAUGGAAUCUUUUAGACCUAAUGUACAAAGAUCCUGCGAAAUGGGCAAUGACCUUUCAAUCUUACGUAUCUUUGACUAUGAUGGAUAUGCAUCUGAAACCUACACCGACCCCUGUGAAGUUAAUGGAGCGAUCCAUAUACAGUGCUAGGUACUGUUUCGUUGAGAACAUGAUGAGGAGUGGAGUUCUUCACAACGCAGAAUUCGCCGUUCUAGACGAGUGGUUCCGGUUUCUUCAUCAACAUAUGUCCAUAAGUGCUGAUCUGAUAGUAUACUUAAAGACAACACCAUCGGUUGUUCAUGAAAGGAUAAGGAAGAGAGCUAGAUCUGAAGAGCAGUGUGUGCCACUGAAGUAUUUGGAAGAUCUCCAUCAGUUACAUGAAGAUUGGCUUGUGCACAGGACUUUUGCAGAGUGUCCUGCACCGGUCCUGGUUAUUGAUGCAGAUUUAGAUUUGUCACAAAUAACUGAUGAAUACAAGAAAACUGAACACCAAAUAUUGAGAAAAGCAGUUGAUGUUGUGAUGCAGUCACCUAACAAACUUAGCCCGAAGAAACCUAUUGUUGGUUCCCCUAUUAAACUAAUACCUCAAAUGAGACUGUAGCAUUUAUAUUAUUGACUAACCUUUCAAACAAGGUCAUUAAUGGACAAAUAAACUAUAUAAAUAAAUAACUACCUUUUGAUGUUUAAGUAAAUGUAAAUUUAAAAUAAUAUAUUAAUAUACAUACAUUCAUAAUGUACAAAAUUCAUACUUUUUAUAUAAUAUUAAAUACUAUAUAUUAUGAUGAUAAAAUUCAGCAAAUAAAAUUCCCAAGAUAUGGUAAUUUUAAAUGUUGAUAAAACUAUACUGAUAAGAUUUUUUUUAUGACUGAAAUACUCAACUAUUUCUACUUAAUGUGUUACUUUAGAAAACAACAAAAUGUUAUAAGUACAUAAUUUAAUUCAGAAAUAAACAUUUAUUGGAUCCUUUUAUUUAAAAUGGUUAAUUUUGUUUUGACUUUUCUGUAUUUAUUGUUUAUAAUUUUCACAUAAUCAGUGUAGGAUAUAUUAA